CCAUCAAUGACUCCAUUUCUUCUGGACCAUGAAGCCCUAUAACACAUCAUUUUACAACAUCAUACAUAUUACACCUUCGGCCCAAAUUCGGUUCCUCCAUCAAAACAUCGUUGUUGCAAUCAUUUUCACUUCUCAAACAUCACAAAAAUCUUCACUUCAGUCCUCUCUCUCUCUCUCUCUCUUACUCUCUACACAUAGAUAUAGCUAGCUAGACAUAUAUACAUACAUAUAUAUGGUGGUGUUUUGCUUUCUGGUGGACCAAACACGAAAGAUCAAAAGGACAAAACCAGUAGCCGGAUCGUGUUCAAGAUGCCGAAGAGGAGCCAGUGUCGCCGAUAUCGUAACCACAACCAGAUUCUGCUAUGUACCAAUAUGUUGGAGAUCUCACAAGGCCAUUAUUUGCACAUUCUGUGGUGCCACUCUCAAAACCUACUCAUGAUCAUCAUCAUAUUACAUACAUGCAUUAUGCAUACAUACAUUACCAUCAUCAUUAGUCCAUUAUCAUCAUUAUAUAUCAUAGAUGUUGUUGUUGUUGUUGUUGUUGUUGUUGAUGAUGAUGAUAUAUUGAUAUGAUCUUGGAUGAAUCUAUGUGUGUGUGUUUUGUUUGGAAAGCAUUUAAUUGUAACUUUGUAAGCUUUGAAUGCUAUGUUAAAAUAUCAACCUACCUCAUGUUAAAUAAACUGUGACAUACUGGAAGCAGGUAAAUUAUAUUAAAUGUUCCUAUCUAUUUUA